AUGGCCUCCCAUCCUUCCGAUGACCAGGACGCCACUUCCGACUACGGCGAUUCGAUAACCACUUCGGAAUUCACGUCGCUCAACACCACGAGGCUCCUGCACUCAUAUGAGCAUGGGAGGCGAGGCGUUUUGCAAGGGCGGUAUGGCAUGCCAAACGACGAUGCUGAGCAGCUGCGAGAAGGCGUCAAGCACAGACUGUAUUCGGACUACAUCCUCGAGGGCAAGCUAUUCAUCGCCCCAGUUGGACCAAGGCCCCAGAAAAUUGUCGACCUCGGCACCGGCUUCGGCCUAUGGGCGUUGGACGUUGCGGAGCAAUACCCCAGUGCGCGCGUCAUAGGCGUGGACUUGUCCCCCAUACAACCCAACUGGCUCCCUCCAAACCUCGAGUUUCGGGUCGAGGACCUCGAUGACGAGUAUCGGCCAUGGACAAAUAUUUAUCUCGGGGCCGAUCUGAUGCACCUCAGGUUUCUUUUGCCUACUGUGCGCCGCCCUGAACUGCUUCUGCGCAACUGUCUAGAGAACCUGAAACCCGGUGGCUGGAUCGAGAUCCACGACAUCAUUCCCAGAAUCUUCUCAGAUGACGGCACUGCAGGUGACAACCAUCCCAUCCAUAUCUUGUACAAGCACAUCGACGGGCCCUUCUCCAGCGUGUACGGAUGGAACCUCCAGUUCCCCCCUUCCGCGCCCCGCAUACUGGAGAGCCUCGGCUUCGUCAACAUCACGGUCCGGCGCAACGCCAUCCCCAUCGGCCGGUGGCACAACGACGCCCGCCUCAGAGAGAUGGGCGUCUUUAGCCAGAGCCUUCUUUCGGACUGGCUGGUCACCAUGUUGCACAGGUACGAGACGCUGGGGCUGGACGCCGACGGGGCGCAUAAGCUGGGGCAGGACAUCCUCGAUGCGUUUAACAACCCGCGGAUCCACGCACAGCAUGAUUGGCUUGACGUUUGGGCCCAGAAGCCAUUAUCGUGA